GCUCAGAGAAGGAAUCUAAGGAGGGAAGGUGCAGAGCUCUAGCGGAGAAAUAAGAUUAUGCCACAGUCCUUUCAGCAGAGAGAAGAGGAAGAAGCCUGCGGGAGCAGCGUGCAUCCACUUGUGUCGACACACAGACAGGUUUGCCAUCCCAAAUGAUGCCAGAUAUGGAGCAGAUCAUUGGGAGCAUACUCCAAGGAGACCAGGACAGUGUCCAGCACCACCUGCACAGCUACAACACCAGGUACGCAGACUGCUUCUUUUGUAAUAGGGAGGAGCAAGAGAGAAAACAGCAACAAGAACUGGAAGAGUUUAGGAAGAACAAAACCAGGGAGUUUGUUCCUGACCCUGAUCCUGACAUGGACUCCGAUGAUGAUGAGCCUGAUCUACUAUUCCGACAGCGCCUUGCUGCAGCUCUGAUUAGCUUCAUCAGUGGUCAGCUUCAAUCAUCACUGUUACGGGUUUGCCUGCACACACUGCGUAUCCUGUCUCGCGAUAGUAGGGGCCUCGCUCCCAUGGCCACCUAUCGCGCCCUUAUCACCUUGGCAGGCCUGGGAGGCAUUCGUUUACAUCUUCCAUGCCAACAACAACAGGAAACCACUGCAGAUGACUCAGGCAGAACAUGCUGUCAAACAACUGAGGAUGCUACUCCAUUAGUAGCCUGUGCUACUGGUACACACAGCUCAGAUCAAGCAUGCUGUAAUGGAGGUAAUGGAGGAGGAAAGAAAGACAUCUGGGAGGAGAAGGAGGAAGAGAUGGACGAAGAUGAGAAGAUGUGUCAGAAGGAGGCCAUGAAGGCCUUGUGUAAUGUCAUCUACAACAGCCCCAGGGCGCAAGAGAGAGCCGCUGAACUCAGGCUUCUGCAAGGUGUGUGGGAGAGUGUGAAGAUUGAUAUCAACAGAAGAGAACAAGGCACUGGUCAGUUUUACAGGCUGAGACUGCUCUUCUUGCUCACUGCUUUGAGGCCUGAACUCAGGCUGCAGCUGUGGCAGGAGCAAGGAGUGUCAGUGCUGACCAAAGCCCUGGAGCGAUGUCUGGCUGUGAGGUGGGCUGAGGGAUAUGAAGUGCUCAGUGAUGUGACAGGAGCUCCCGUUUCCACGGAAAUUGCCCAAGAAGUCAUCGAGAUCCUUAAGACACUCUUCAACAUCACACACAAGUUCAACAGGCAGGAGCCAGAUGAGGAGGAUGCCGCCCAAUAUCGCCACCUUGCCGCUGUGCUGCGACACUGCCUGUUGUUGUCAUACGAUGGCGAGGACACAAGUGAGGACAUCCAAAGGCAUACAGUAAACAUUCUGUCGGCACUGCCCCUGAAAUGUCUCGAUGUCCUGCUGUCUGCCCAUGCGCACAAAGCAUCCCACGAAUGGGAGGGUGUCAACAUGGACUGUGUCCACACAUUGCUGUGUUUUAUGGAAAGACGUCUGACCAGGGGUGACAAAUUGAAGGAGAAGCUAAUCCCUGUACUUAAUCUCCUCACUGAGAGCUCUCGGGUUCACAGGGAGACUCGUCAUUAUUUACGACAAAAGAUCUUACCUCCCCUGAGGGACGUUGCUAUCCGUCCAGAGCAGGACCCCACAGUGAGAGGCCAGCUUGUUCGCCUGAUGACCCACGUCGACACAGAUGUGAAGCACUGUGCUGCAGAGCUGCUGUUUGUGCUCUGCAAAGAGAACGUGAGCCGCUUUGUCAAAUACACUGGUUAUGGCAAUGCUGCUGGGCUGCUGGCAGCUCGAGGCCUGCUGAGUGGCAGGAGGAAUUCAGGUGACUUCCAGUAUGCAUCCCAAUAUUCCAGCGACUCAGACUCAGACACAGAAGAGUACCGGGAGGCUAAAGCCAGGAUUAACCUGGUGACGGGCCGGGUGGAGGCGGAGCAGCCUGACCCCAUGGAGGGCAUGACAGAGGAGGAGAAGGAGGAGGAGGCGUGUCGCCUCAUCAGCAUGAUAAACAGACUAUCACAGAAUCAGAUCAUUCAGCCAGUGGGGGUGACAGUCGAUGGGAGAUUUGCUCCAUUGUGCAACCAAAUUAGUGGCUGCACAUUGCAAGAGGAUGAUGAAGGCGAAGAGGAGAAUAUGGAUAUGAUGCCAGAGGGGACAGACGAAGACAAGCGAAUGGAAUAAAAAUGAUACAGGAAGGAGAUACUGUAUAAAAAAAUACUGUAAAAAGUCAUCUUUCCAUAGACUUCAUUGACAGCAAUAGCAAAUAAAUAUGCAAACAAUAGUAGCUUCACAAGACACACAAGUUACGAGAUGACACACAAGAUUGGGUCUACGAGACGAGACAAGACGACAUUGAAAAAAUAUGACAAUAUAUUGUAAUCUUCUGCACUCUGUGUGUAUGCUAGCGGAACCACCUCUACCCACCGAGACAAAGAGACUGACAAAAGGGUUCACUCCGUUCAUGCCGUUGUUCUACGGAACAAACGCGCCACGGUACUGAAACCAAUGCACAGAGUGAACCUCUUCCUGCCUGUUUGGAGGCCGCAGAUGAGGAAAACAGACACGCACGCACAUGGAAAUAUAUUGAGGCUGGCAAAAUGAUCGAAUUCAUUUUCAUUUGUUGUGUGAUUAAUUAAUUUAUCCCAGGCCUAGUGGCGUGUUUUUUUUGUCAGAACGAGAAAUCUUGUCACGUUUUUAUCUCAUGAGAUCUCACGAGAACCCGAGCAAACAAACAAUAAAAUUUAGUAUUGCAACCUUCUGCUUAUCUUCAUUCCAACUAUUGCAAAACAUCAGUAACUUGAUGCUGUGUUACUGCUGAUAAGCCCAGAUACUCUUGAUGAAGCUUCAUUUCAUGCAACCGUAUUAUUAACUUGUAUAUGAUGUAUAUUAUAGGCAUCUGUUUUAUGAUAUUAGACACUGAACAGUAUACUAUACACAAUACAGUAAUCCCUUGUGUUUAACUGGUUCCAAACCAGACUGUGAUCAGUGAAAGUAGGAUUCCUUAUUUAUAAAUGAAAUAUUUUCGUAGUUAGACCAUAGAAAGCCUGUUUACGACCUACAGUUUUUAGCAUUAUUAGAGCCCUCUAGACAUUAAAUAACAAGCCUAUAGUUACCUUUACACUCAUAUUACCCAGUAUAGUAGACAUAAGAGCACAUAGUAAGCCAUUUAAUACAUAAAUAAGACCCGUUGCUGUAAAUGCGUUCCCCAGGGGAGCUGAGAGGUAAGCGGACAGGUAGUGACAUCAGAUGUACAAAAUUUUGUUUUAGCUUAGCGCGGGUUGCGACCGCAAUUGUAGCAAAUAUUGUUUUUAUUCAGGAUUUUUAUUAGGGAUUAUUGUGUCUGUUGUGACAUCAUUCAAACUUGCAAUAAAAGCCUGUUGUUCUGGCGAUCAAGCGAUCAAGACU